AUGCCUGGUGAAGCUUUACUAUUUCUUUUUGGCACCAUUAUGGCAGCUGCUUUACUUUUUAUGAUGGUCUUUUUCACAAUCAUGUUUUCAGAUCUUGAAUGUGAUUAUAUCAACCCCAUUGAUCUUUGUAACAAAUUGAAUCAAUUUGUUCUCCCAGAAAUGUUGGCCCAUGCCUUUCUCAACUUUGCGUUCUUUAUCAAUGGAAGCUGGAUAGCUUUUGCAAUUAAUGCACCAUUAGUCGCAUAUAAUGUUCAGAAAAUUACCAAUAAUCGACAUAUGUAUGAUGCUACAGAGAUUUUUCGAACUCUCGGACAGCACAAAAAAGAGUGUUUCAUAAAACUUGGAUUUUAUCUUAUGGCGGGAACUGACAUAGUUGUCAAGGAAGGACGUGUAAGAAGAACAUCUAAUUAUGUGGUUGUAUUGCAUUCAUUUCAUAGAUGA